AUACUUUUGACACACUUUAAUAUAAGCCGAAAUUAAAAUAUUAUGAAAAUAAAACUACUUAAACUUGCCACCAGUUAUAAUUAAUUAAUACAUAAUUUUACUGACAUACAUAAUUUUUUAUAUGUGCAUUUGUUUAUAUAUAUAUUGAAAAUUUAUUUAAACGGAUCCACAAAAAGUUAAAUCGGCAUAACCGGCUGAUACCUAAUCGAAGUUUCACUGUACGUCAACGAAGUGCUACAUUCCUCCGAAAUAUUAACAUUUUAGUUCCAUUUGCAAUUUUUAAUUAGUUAUUUGUUUAAAAAGGUGUAUUAAAAUACAAAGGUCAAAGUCCAAUCCAUAGGACUAUUUUUACAUAUUGUUUAUAUUUACAUACAUCUAGCUUUACGAACUGCCGUUAUCACAAAGGUGGAGCGCAACAUGAGCAGCAACAUUUUACAUAAACAUGAUGGCGAAGUGAAAUAUAAUACACUAAAUGUAACUACACCAAAACAGUUUGUUUAUCAUGUCGAGCUUCAUCGACCAAAAAAAUUAAAUGCCUUCAACAAGGACAUGUUUGUUGAAAUUAAGAAAUGUUUUGAGAAUCUCAGCACCAAUCCUGAUUGCCGCGUAGUUGUGCUAUCAGCAGCAGGAAAACACUUUACAGCAGGACUUGAUUUAGCCGAUGCCAUGAAGAUGGGUCAAGAAUUGGGCGCCGUCGAUGAUGUAGCACGAAAAGGCACUUUGUUAGAACACACAAUUAAACUGUAUCAAGAUUCGAUAUCUUCGUUGGAAGUAUGCCCCAAACCGGUGAUAACAGCUGUACAUUCAGCAUGCAUAGGCGCGGGAGUUGACCUUAUAACUGCUGCUGAUAUACGUUAUUGCAGCGAAGACGCAUUUUUCUGCGUUAAAGAAGUUGACAUUGGUAUGGCAGCAGAUGUUGGUGUACUGCAACGCCUUCAAAAAGUAGUGGGCAAUCAGUCACUGACUCGCGAACUUUCCUAUACAGCGAGACGUUUUGGUGCUGCCGAAGCGAAUAGCUUUGGCUUGGUUAGUAAAAUUUAUCCAACGAAGGAAGCUUGUGUAGAGGGUGCAUUGGAAUUGGCAACAACCAUCGCUGAGAAAAGCCCUGUUGCUGUGCAGGCCACAAAAGCGAAUAUUAUUUACUCACAAUCUAGAACAAAUCAAGAAGGUUUAGAUCAUAUUCGUCAAACGAAUAAGUUAAAUUUGCAAUCUGAAGACUUCGCCAAUGCAGCUUUAGCAGCGUUGACCAAGGAACAACCAACUUUCUCAAAAUUGUAAAAGCCAAAAGUGAUUAAUUUUUUUAAGAAUAAAGUUUUUAUUUAAACUAAUAAAAUAAACUAUAAUAUACUUAUUAAAAUA